AGUGGAGACGGACUCCGGGUGAAGUCUGCUGCGGCUGGUUACCGUUCUCCGUCCCGCGCGUGGCAAGUGGAGGGUCUCGAUUCUGGACAGCUUGGAGCGUCCACCAUGAGGAGAAGUGAGGUGCUAGCAGAUGAGUCUAUCACAUGCCUGCAGAAAGCUCUAACUCACCUCCGGGAAAUAUGGGAACUAAUUGGGAUUCCAGAGGAGCAGAGGCUACAAAGAACCGAGGUUGUAAAGAAGCAUAUAAAGGAUCUUCUGGAUAGAAUGAUUGCUGAAGAGGAGAGCCUGAGGGAAAGGCUGCUCAAAAGCAUAUCCAUCUGUCAGAAGGAGCUGAGUACCCUGUGCAGUGAGCUACAAGUGAAGCCAUUUCAGGAAGAAAAAGAUACAACCAUCUUGCAACUAGAAAAAGAUUUGCGCACUCAAGUAGAAUUGAUGAGAAAACAGAAAAAGGAGAGAAAGCAGGAACUGAAGCUACUUCAGGAACAGGAGCAAGAACUCCGUGACAUCCUCUGUAUGCCGCCCUGUGAUGUGGACAGCACCUCUGUCCCCACCUUAGAAGAGCUGAAGCUAUUCCGACAGCGUGUGGCAACGCUGAGGGAGACAAAGGAAUCGAGGCGUGAAGAAUUUGUCAACAUUAAGAAACAAAUCAUAUUGUGUAUGGAAGAAUUAGAACACUCUCCAGAUACAAGCUUUGAAAGAGAUGUGGUGUGUGAAGAUGAAAGUGCUUUUUGUUUAUCACUGGAGAACAUUGCAACAUUACAGAAGUUGCUGAAGCAGCUGGAAAUGAAAAAAUCACAAAAUGAAGCAGAAUGUGAGGGGCUCCGCACUCAAAUCCGAGAGCUCUGGGAUAGGUUACAAAUACCUGAAGAAGAGAGAGAGCCUGUGGAGGCAAUUAUGACUGGAUCAAAAACCAAAAUCAGGAAUGCGCUGAAAUUAGAAGUGGAUCGGUUAGAAGAACUGAAAAUGCAAAACAUAAAGCAAGUGAUUGAGAAAAUCCGAGUGGAGCUGGCUCAAUUCUGGGACCAGUGUUUUUAUAGCCAGGAACAGAGGCAGGCUUUUGCCCCUUACUAUUCUGAGGACUACACAGAAAACCUGCUCCAUCUUCAUGAUGCCGAGAUUGUACGGUUAAGAAACUACUAUGACGUUCACAAGGAGCUGUUCCAAGGCGUCCAGAAGUGGGAAGAGAGCUGGAAACUUUUCCUAGAGUUUGAGAGAAAAGCUUCAGAUCCAGGUCGAUUUACAAACCGAGGGGGAAAUCUUUUAAAAGAAGAAAAGGAACGAGCAAAGCUCCAGAAAACACUCCCUAAGCUGGAAGAGGAGUUGAAAGCACGGAUUGAACAGUGGGAACAGGAGCACUCAACAGCAUUUGUGGUGAAUGGGCAGAAAUUCAUGGAGUAUGUUACAGAACAGUGGGAAUUACAUCGGCUGGAGAAAGAGCGAGCCAAACAGGAGAGGCAACUGAAGAACAAGAAACAGACAGAGGCAGAGAUGCUGUAUGGCAGUACUCCCCGGACACCUAGCAAAAGACCAGGACAGACGCCCAAGAAGUCUGGCAAAGUACGCAAGAUGAACACUACCACCAUGUCUAGUGCUACACCCAACAGUAGCAUUCGGCCUGUCUUUGGUGGAUCAGUGUACCGGUCACCUAUGUCUCGACUACCCCCUUCUGGCAGCAAGUCAGUUGUCACUUCUCUGUGUUCUGGAAAGAAAACACCUCGAGCUGCCCAGCUUAGGGCCAACAAGGAGAACUUGGACCUCAAUGGCAGCAUCCUGAGCGGUGGGUACCCUGGCUCGACGCCCCUCCAGCACAACUGCAGCAUUAAGUCUGUUGCCAGCACCUAUUCUGAGUUUUCGAAGGACCCGUCCCUCUCUGACAGCUCCACUGUUGGGCUUCAGCGAGAACUUUCAAAGGCUUCCAGAUCUGAUGCUACGUCUCGAAUCCUCAAUUCAACCAACAUCCAGUCCUGAGAGUCCUUGUCCAGUUAGGCAGCUGGGGCUUCCUGUGCCUGGACUGGACUGACGGAUACGUAGACAAGGAGUGACAUAUACAUUUCCAUCAGUUUAGAUGUUUGAAACUACCUUGGGCAGGUUCUAUUAACUGCACCUAACUCAGACGUGAGUAGGACAGAAGGAAGCUGUCCCGGGCGAACUGAGGUCACAAAGACUUGCUUUUGAUUCAAGAGAGACCUUAAAGGCUAGUUAUGAUAGUUAAGUACAAGUUUUAACAUCUGGUAGCUAACUUUUUUUCUCUACCCCGUAAUUCUACUAUGACUGCUCUUCUAGAGGUCCUGAGUUCAAAUCCCAGCAACCACAUGGUGGCUCACAACCAUCUAUAAUGGGAUCUGAUGCCCUCUUCUGGUGUGCAGAAAUAAUUUUUUUUUUAAUUCUACUUAUUUCAAUACUAUAUAUUAGAAAAUGAAAAAACGAUUGUGGCCUGCUUUGGCAUACAGGGGUACAAGACAUGAAGUAAUUCUGGUAACAUCUAAAAAUAUAUAUAUUUUUGUUCGCGGACAUUUGAUUAAUGCUGUAGCUAUGGAAGCUUUGAUGUCACCCAGAGGCGUGUACCUGGCUGGCACUAUCCCAGUGAGGGUUUCUUGAGUUCCAGUAUGAGAUGGCCUGACCUGCUGCCAAAAAGAGUAGCAGUCAUUUCUGUAGUGCAAUUUCUUGAGGUAUAUGUGUGAACACACAUGCUUGUCUGACCUGUUGAGUUUUUCUCCAGUCUCCCAACCCUGUGCUCAUUAGGCCCAGUCUGUUCCCUGUAGAUGACAACCACAUAGAGAGGCUGUCUGGUGGGCUGGGCCAUUCCUGUCAUGGAGUCAGCAACUUUGCACAUCUACAAGUUAUCUGUGUAAUCACGUCCACAAUGAGGCUCUCCAAACCCAUCACUACUCUUCCCCAAAGCACUAUAUUUAUUCUGUCUGUCUGUGCCAGUUCUGCCCACACUGACUGAUCUUGAAAACCUGUCAGUCUGCUCUUCACACACAUAUAUGUUGUUUUUAAAUGUAUGAAAAUAAAAUGUGUAUAGUUACCUUUUAAAUACUA